AUGAAUGAAAUAAGUUCCAAUGAAAAAGAAUUAUCUGCAAACCAACAACGAAUAUUAAUAAUUGGUGUUUCAGGAUUAAUAGGAAGACUUUUGUUUAAUCAUUUAACUAAAACAUAUCCAACGAAAUAUGAAGUUCUUGGCCUUGAUCAACAUAUGAAUAUAUCUCCACGAUAUCAAUUUAAAAAUUAUGAUAAUUUUAAAGCAGAAACAAUAGUACCUCUUCCAUUAAAUAAAUUCUUUCAAUGUGAUAUUACUGAUCGAGAAAAAUUGCAUCAAAUCAUUAAAGAACAAAAUAUUAAAAUCAUUAUUCAUUUAGCAGCACUACUUGAAACUCAUCCUGAUAUUGAACAAAUUUCAUAUGUUAAUAUUGAAGGAACAAAAAAUGUUUUUGAAGCACCGGAUAUUCAUCGUAUUAUAUAUGCAAGUUCAGGAAUGGUAGUUCAUGGUUAUCUUGAUCGUCAACCAUAUCUUUCAAUUUUUAAUGAAACAUUUGAUGAUAAUACAAUCUUAAAAGACCUUAGAAAAAUAACCGUUGCAGAUGAUCCACCUUUACCUGACCUUACAACACCAGGACGUACAGUAUAUUCUAAAGGUAAAAUUAUUUGUGAACAAAUGGCAACUGAUAUUGUUAAGAAUAAUUCAAAAUCAAUUAUUUGUGCUCGUUUUGGAGCGGUUAAUAUAGAGGAUAAACCUGAAACAACAUGGAAUCGAAGUCUAUGGCUUAGUCAUCGUGAUUUAUGUUCAUUUAUUAGUAAAGCAUUAGAAGCUCCUUUAAAUAUUAGUGGUAUUUAUUUUGUUAUGUCGAAUAAUCAUCGUCUUUGGGUUGAUUUGGAACAUACAAAAAGAGAUUUAGGUUAUGUACCACAAGAUGGAGCUGAAAAAAUAUAA